CGUUCCCUAAAUCGUAAUCUCAAUUUCACAAACACAUGCUCUUGUUGUGAGUUGUGUGCCUCCAAAAAGCAUCGUUCAAAUUUCAAGCUUAUGAGCCAACUAAUAUGGGUAUGAAGCUGUUGAGUCUACAGGUGAUCCCCUGGUGUUUUCAGUUGUUGGGCAACCACAUCUCCUGUGUGCACCUCCAGCCGGAACCACCUCUUGGGAUCAUCAAGCUCGUCAAGUCUGAUGGGAUCGUCAAGAUCUACCACCGACCCAUCCACGCUUCCGAGAUCAUGAAGGAGUUCCCCAAGCACAUGGUUUGCCGUUCCGAUUCCCUCUACAUCGGUCAGAAGAUCCCUGCUCUGUCCGAGGAUGACCAGCUUCAGCUCGGCCACAACUACUUCCUUCUCCCCAGACAUGUGUUCCAGUCCGUUCUCUCCUUCGUCACCGUUUCCUCCUUCGCCAAGCUGUCCAGAAAUGCUUUCUUGAAGAAAGCCGCCGCUUGUCAGCCAUUGGAUAUCCAGAAAAGCCCAUCUGGUUGUCUCAAAAUUCGCGUCUCCGAUGAGUUUAUAUCGCAGUUGAUUGAAGCAGAGGAAGAGAAAGGGGGUGAGUGCUCUGCCUUGCAGAAUAGGGUAUGCAACACCCCACAGUUGCACAAGGAUUACACACAGCUAGUUGGGUCUCGCCGCCACUGGAAACCGAAGCUGGAGACCAUAAAGGAAACAGAGAAGAGCAAGAUUUCGAGUUUUGGAAUAAACAGGAGAAGGAAAUCACAAAAAUCAGAUCACCAUGGAAGUUGUACAAAACCCAAGAUUAUUAGGAUCAAAUCAUUAGAAAGAAAAUAAAUUUUGUUCCGUUUUUUUCACUCAAUCAAAGCAUGAUCUUGUGAAAGUCAUUAUACUGUAGCUGUUCAGAAUUAAUAGAAAAUGAAAUCAAAAUUCUAGU